AUGGAAGGUCUGGACAGAGACAAAAUCAACGCGAUCAUCAUGGAGGCAUCAAAGGGUUCGAGAUUUUAUGAAAGCGAACGGAAAAGAGAUCAGCAAGUGAACCAACGAAUUGAAAAAAUGAUGCAGCAAAAGGCAUCAAUUACAGAAGAGCAGUUGCAGAAGGCACGUCUUAAGGUUGAAAAAAUGGUGACAGAGAUAGAGAAACGCCGUGAUCUCAGUCGGAUUAUUGUACAUGUAGAUAUGGAUGCUUUCUACGCAGCUGUUGAGACGAGGGACUGUCCAGAACUGAAAGACAAACCGAUGGCCGUGGGCUCUUUGAGCAUGCUUUCUACAUCUAAUUAUCAUGCAAGGAAGUAUGGAGUACGAGCUGCCAUGCCUGGAUUUAUUGCAAAGAAACUUUGCCCUGACUUGGCUAUUGUUCCUACAAACUUUGACAAAUAUAGAGCUGUUAGUAAAGAGGUUCAGGCAGUAUUUGCGGAGUAUGAUCCUCAAUUCCAAUCAGUCAGCUUGGAUGAAGCCUAUCUGGACUUUACAGAGCACCUGGAACAGAGGAAGAACUGGACAGACAUGGCACGCACACACUAUUACAGCACCACACAAAUGGAUGCAACGGAAGAUGUUCAGGAUCUUUCCCCUGUUUUGUUUGAGGACAGUCCCAGCUCGUCUCCAGUGCUUACCAGCUGUGGAGGUGGAGCCGCUAUAGGCAAAAACUAUGAACUAUUUGGAACGUCUGCUGAGGAGGCUGUAAGAGAAAUGCGUUUCCGAAUUGAACAGAAAAUAAAGUUGACAGCAAGUGCAGGUAUUGCUCCCAAUAUGAUGUUGGCCAAGGUUUGUAGUGAUAAGAAUAAGCCGAAUGGUCAAUACAGACUUCCUCCCACAAGAGACGCAGUGAUGGACUUCAUUCAAAAACUGCCGGUUCGCAAGGUUCCUGGCAUUGGUAAAGUAAGUGAGAAGAUGCUCAACGCUCUCGGCAUCUGUUACUGUUCUGAUCUUGGACAGCAGAUGGCGUUGUUGUCUCUGUUGUUCUCUGAGACUGCCUGGCAUCACUUCAUGGAGUUAUCACUGGGCUUGGGCUCCACAUACAUACCAAGGAAUGAGGAAAGAAAAAGCAUGAGCACUGAACGGACAUUUAAAGAACUCAGUCGACCAGAGGAGCAGUUAGCUUUGUGUAAAGAGCUUUGUGAAGAUUUAGCACAAGACAUGAAAAAGGAAGGUCUAAAGGGCAAAACCAUCACAGUGAAACUAAAAAACGUAAAUUUUGAAGUGAAAACUCGGGCAAUAACAGUGCACUGUGCCGUGGCAACAGCUGAGGAGGUUUUUGCCAUUGCCAAGGACCUGCUGAAAGCUGAAAUGGAAAAUGUAUCUCCUCAUCUCCUUCGAUUGAGACUGAUGGGGGUUCGAGUUUCUGCGUUUGUCAGCACAGAGGACAAAAAGCCACUACAGAAAAGCAUUAUCGGCUUUUUUCAAAAGAGCAAGAAGGAACUCCCUUACCUGUGCCUCAACCAGGACGUGCUGCACACACUGGCGGGUCAAACAAUAAUGCCAGAAAAGCGCACAUCAGUUACUACCACAAGCAAAGUCAGCAAUCAACUUGUGCAUAAAGCUGCCAAAGGCAAAAGCAAAAGGCGAGACUCUCCUUUGUCCCCUCCCCCAAAGAAGGCGAAAGCACAAGGACCUCGCAACACCAUUGACAGGUUCUUCAGUGUGAAGGCAUUCACCGACUUUGUCCAGAACAAGAACUCGGACAAAGAGCCAGAUGGAAAUUUUGACAACAAGGAAAUGUUGCUUCUUGCUGAAAAGCAGUUCAUAGAAGCAGCCAAGAGGAACGACAUAGAGACGAUGAAAGUGGUUGGAAAGGGGCUGAAUGCAAAUGCAAAAAAUGUGAAUCAUCAAACUGCUCUGCACUUUGCUGUUGCUCGAAAGAACAAGGAAGCAGUGCAGUUUCUCCUCCAACGCAGAGUCAAAGUGGAUCAAAAAGACAAACAUGGGGUCACUGCAAUUCAUUUAGCAGCCUGGUUCGGCAGUUUGGACAUCCUGAAGUUACUUGUUAAGGCUGGGGCUGAGCAGAAAAUUGAAAACGAGGAGGGACUGAACAUUUUGCACUGUGCUGCCAUCAACAACCACACAGAAAUAGUGGAAUACAUUAUCAAUGACCUUAUAAUGAAGGAGCUUGACAAAGAGGACAGCUCUGGGCAGCGUCCCUUCUCUCUGGCAGCUAAGCAUGGCUGUGUUGAAAUGCUGGAGAUGCUGAUGGAUUCUUCUUACAGUAUGGGCACCAUGCAGCCCAACAAGAGUGGGGAUACGCCUCUGCACUUGGCUGCCAGGAACGGCCAUGGGGACACUGUCCAACUGCUGCUGCUGAGCUUCGAUAUUCGCAAUGAAGUCAAUAAGGACGGAGAAACAGCCCUGUACCAAGCAGCAGACCGUGGGCAUGAGGAAUGUGUGCAAACAUUACUGGAGGCUGAGUGUGACCCCAACAUAAUCACAAAUAACAAACGGAGUGCAUUGCAUAGUGCUGCAGAAAGAGGAGACACAUCUUUGGUCCGACUUCUUUUGCAGUUUCGAACCCAGACUGAAUGUUCAGACCAGAACUUGCAGACUCCCUUUCAUCUAGCAGUGAAAAAUGGACACCUUCCAGUCAUGUAUUGUCUACUUCAUGCUGGCUGCAAUUACAAUGCUGCAGAUAAGUGGUCCCAAACAGCUAUGCAUAUAGCAGCAGAGAUGGGAAAAGUAGAAGUUAUAGAAAUGCUUCUAAAAGCAGGAAUUAACCUUUCAUUGCAGGACAAGCAAGGAAAAACUGCUCUGGAAGUCGCGGCGCGGGCAGGAGAGGUGAUUGCUGUUGACAUGAUCAUCAAAGCCGAACGAUAUGAUGUUUGGAAAAUGACCAACCCUGAAAUGAAUCAAAGGGUUUGGAGCGAGUUUCCUCUGACGUUUAAACUGGACCAUCGUCACGAGACAAAGCAGCUACGUUCAACAGCCUGGCAUUUAGCAUAUAAGCUUUUGAAGCUCGGUCAGUGGAAGAGACUGGCAGAAUACUGGGGAUUUACCACGCAGCAAGUGCAGGCUAUUGAUAAUCAGUGGACAGGUCAGCAGAGUUAUCAAGAGCAUGGAAACAGAAUGCUGCUGAUAUGGCUGCAUGGGGUGGAGAUGGCAAAUGCAAGUCCAAUGAAAGAACUUUACCAAAGCCUUGUGUUCACUCACAACCAAAAGGCAGCGGAUAUAAUUCGAAUGGAACCUGAAAGUGACAAAAAGAGUUGCAGAAUUUCUUGA